AUGGCUACCUCAACCAUUACCGUCCUUGCACCAAACGAAGUUGCACCAUCCGCAAGAAGCGUGUCGCCUUUCAAACAUCCCCGACCACCACCAGGUACACCAGCAAAGACAGCGAACCUCUGGGACAAGUACGAACGGCAGGCCAUAGAGACAGCGAGGAUGAGAGAGAGGAAUACAAAACCGUCACAGCCCCCACCUCUAAUGAUUCCAAAUAGCGGCAAAGGAUAUCGACCAGAGGAAGGAUCACCGAUACGGCCAAGUUUCGACUUCAAGUUCAAACGUGGUCAUACCGCAACGCCCUCAACGACAGUGGCUAUCUGCAAGACAUGCACGCUCCCUAUCACCUACACCUCCGGAGUAUGCGAAGGGUGUACAAGAACAAUUGUCCUACCCUCUGCAACCGGCGAAACCACUCCGCCUCUCAGUCCUGCUGCACGCAACUUUGCCUCUACUGACCUCCAAAAACUUCGCAAAAACUCAUUGAACGAUGAUGUCAUCGUUCCGACGUCAACACCAUCACGACGAACUUCAUAUUGCCCACUGCCAGCGCACAUCUCAGACUCGUCGUUUCGGCUCUCCGCACUACAGCCACCACCCGAUUUUGAGUCGCUUUCAGAACUCGGACGCAGGAGGAAGACAUCCCUUACUGAUCCUAAUGAGCCUUUCCUUCGUCUACAGAUUGCGCAGCACUCACAUGUACCGCGUUCGGCAAUGAACUCCCCUCCCAUAACCCCCACAUCGCCGCCAUGGGCUACGCAGUCUGGACGCUCUACGCGACGUUCCAGUCUAGCAAACCCUCUCUUGUCAACACCAGCAUACCCACAUGCGCGCACCGAUAGCCUGGCAUUGUCUGAAUACAGCACCCUCUGCCCAUACACAUCUACUGUAACAACAUCCCGACCAAGCUUAAGUCAGGUCGACACAGCAUUUGAAAACGCGAUCAGUGCCUGGGAUGAUUGGGACAGCGACAGCGAAGACAGACUAGGUCUCUCGGGAUGGAUGGUUCAGCGCAAGGUCAAGAGUCGCACUAGCAAGAAAGGAAAAGGCAGCAUGGACAGCACGGAUAGUGACUGUGAAGCGAGGAGACCAAGUACAAGCCCUGAAAAGGCACCAAAGCAGGGUCGGAAGAGUACCAGUAAGGAGGAUCAACGCUUGGAGAGGGCCCGGAUUGAGGCUGCGGAGAAUGCGAGGACGGUAAGGCGGGAUCUUGAGCGGCAGGCCGUGAAGAAGAAACCGAGUAGUUUCAUCAGGGUGAUCAGUUGCGGACGGAGCGACAGCGAUGGUUAA